CUGAUAUGAGUAUUACUACUCCAGCAUUCUUUUGAUUUCCACUUGCAUGGAAUAAUUUUUUCCAUCCCCUCAUUUUCUGCAUGUAGAGUCUGUGUGUAUCUCUAGAUAUGAAGGGGUCUCGUGUAGACAGCAUAUAUAUAUGGGUCCUGUUUUUGUAUCCAUUCAGCCAGUCUGUGUCUUUUGGUUGGAGCAUUUAAUUCAUUUAUAUUUAAGGUAAUUAUUGAUAUGUAAGUGUCUAUUGCCAUUUUGUUAAUCAUUUUGGACUUUUUUGUAAAUUUCUUUUCUUUCUUUUGUUCUCUUCUCUUGUGGUUUGUUGACUAGCUUUAGUGUUAUGCUGGGAUUUCUCUUUCUUUUUUAUAUGUAUAUCCCUUAUGGAUUUUUGGUUUGGUUUACAGUUACCAUAAGAUUUGGGUAUAGCAGUCCCCCACCGAACUGUGUGUGUGUUUUAAGUUGAUGAUCUCAAUUUCAAAUGCAUUUUAAAUACCCUGAAUUGGUAUUCUCCUCCUCUCACAAGUACAGAUUUUGAUAUCAUAUUUUACAUUUAAUUGUUCUGAGUAUCCCCUAAAUUCUUAUUGUGGAUACAGAUGAUUUUACUACUUUUGUUUUUUAGCCUCCCUACUAGUCUGUGCAUAGAUGAUUCCUAGCUUUACUGCAUGCUCUCCUUUGCCAGUGACCUUUCCAAUUUUUAAAUUUUUUUUCUAGUUUUUGGCCUAUUCUUUUUCACUUAGAGAAUUUCCAUUAGCAUUUGUUAUAAAACUGAUUUGGUUGAGCUAAAUUCAUUAAGCUUUUACUUGUCUGUAAAGCUAGUGAUUUUCUGUCAAAUCUGAAUGACAGCCUUGCUGGCUAGAGUAUCCUUGGUUGUAGGUCUCUCUGUUUCUUCACUUUAAACAUAUGGUGCCACUUUCUCUGGCCUGCAGAGUUUCUGCUGGAAAAUCAGCUGAUAACCUUAUAGGGAUUCCCUUGUAUGUUAUUUGUUGCUUUUCCCUUAUUGCUCUUCGUGUUUUCUCAUUAUUUUUAAUUUUUUUCAUUUGAUUACAGUGUGUCUCAUGUUUCUCAUUGAGUUAAUCAUGUAUGAGACUCUUUGCAUUUUCUGGAUUGGAGGACUAUAUCCCCUCCUCGGUUAGCAAAGUUUUCAACUAUUAUCUCUUCAUAUACAUUCUUGGCUCCUUUCAUUCUUCCUUUCUCCACCCCCCACCCCACAACUCCUUCUAGGACCACUACAAUAUGAAUGUCAGUGUGCUUGAUAUUGUCCAGUUGUCUCUUGAACUGUCCUCAAUUCUUUAUUUUGUAUCAUGACAGUGAUUUCCACCACUCUGUAUUCUAACUCAUUUUUCUGUUCUUCUGUUCCAUUUAUUCUUCUUUAGAUCCCUUCCAUGUAUUUUCACUUCAGUUAUUCUUCAACUCUGUUCUGUUUUUCUUUAUAUUUUCUGUUAAAAACAACUUCUAACUUCUCACUCUGUUACAAUUCUUUCCCUUUGCAAUCAUUACUCUGAACUCUUUCUAGGGUAGAUUUUCUAUCUCCACUUACUUAUUCUGGAGUUUUAUUUAGUUCCUCUGUCUAGAAUGUAUUCCUUUGCCAUUUCAUUGUGUCUAAAAUUCUAUUUGUGUUUUUAUGUAUGUGGAAAUAUGUUUCUCAAUCUUGAAGAAGUGGCCCUCUGUAGGGAAUGUCUCAUAUGUCCUAGCAGUACACUCCCUUUGCAUCACUCAAGGGUCUGUAACCAGCUGGUCCCAAGGUAGAGUUUGACCUGUGUUUGUGGACUCAGUUCCAAAGACUGCAGGAUCAUAAUUUUCUUGCUUCUAGUGUCUGUUCCCUGGUGGGAGAGGCUAGUCUAGAGGCUUGUGCAAGCUUCCCGUUUGGGGGGACUGGUGCCUGACCACUGGUGGGUGGAGCUGUGUUCUGGCCCUCUGGGGGAAAGACCUUGUCAGGGUAGUGUGUAGAAGUGGCUGUGGGGUUAGGAAGACUUUGGGCAGCCUCUCUGCCAAUGGGUGGGGCUGUGUUCCUUACCAUUUGGCUAUUUGGCGUGAGCAUCCCAGCACUAGAGCCUAUUGGCUAUUUGGUGCAGCUAGGGCUUGGCAUUAAUGACCCAUGCUGGAUGUCAGCCUCCAGUGAGAACUCAUACAGAUUAAUAUUCCCCAAUAUGUCCAUCACCUUACUGAUGUCUCCAGAGUAAGACACAGCUGCCUGCUGCUUCCCCAGGAAACCCUCCAAAGACAAGCAGGUAGGUCUGGUUCAAACUCCUAUGAAGUUAUUGCUUUUGCCCUUGGUCUUGUUACACAUGAGAUUUUGCGUGUGCCGUAUAAGACUGAAGUCUCUGUUUCUGUUUGGGGAUAUUUGAAUUUCAUGUAUUGGAUGGCCACCUCUCUCUGCAGAUUUGGGAAAUUUUCAUUCAUUAAUUUUUUUAAUAGGCUUUCUUUCUUUUCUUUUUGCUCUUCUCCUUCUGGGAUUCCCAUAAUGUGAACCUUGUGUCCUUAACAAUAUACCACAUUUCACAGAUAUUUUCUCCUUUUUCACUCUUUUUUCUUCCCUAACUGAACAGUAUGAAGAAAUGUACUAUAAGUAGAUUCUUUCUUCUGCUUAAUUUAGCUUCUUGUUAAAGCUCUCUAUUGAAUGUAUUCAUUGUAUUCUUCAGCUCCAAAAUUUUUGCAUAGUUGCUUUUAAAAUUAAUUUUUUAACUUCUCAUGUUGUUCAUGAAUCAUUUUUACUGACUUGAUUUAUUUCUGUCCUCCUAAAUCUCACUGAUAUUCCUUACAUAAUCACUUGGAAUUGUUUUCUGGAAAUUUGUUAAUCUCCACUUCUGUAGGAUCACUUAUCUGUGCAGACUGUAGAGGCUUUCAGUGACCAAGGUUAUAGAGGUCUGGCUGGUGAAAGUAGUGGCUAAGGAUCUUGGCGUCAUUGGCAAUGAAGUCACCAGAGACCUGUUCCUGAAGUUCUUUUUUGGCCAAUGGUAGAUAGCUGUAUCUGAAAAGAUAUAUCUUGGCACCAGGUCCAAUGCAUUGGCACUCAGAGUGGCAGUAUAGCCAUGUCUUGGGAUCAGGCUCAUGUGGAACUACUACAUUUUUUUUACCUGAGGAGCAAGUGUACUUGCUGGAACAGUGUACCAAUGUCUCAGUUGCAAUCAUGUUCAUAUUUCCCAUGGAAUUUGGGUCUGUCUCUAUGGUUUGCCUCAGCAACUUGCAGGAGGUAGGGGCAGGAUGUAGCAGUGCUUCAGACCGAGAUAACAAGGUGCAGCAAUGGCUUGGGUUCAGGGGACAGGCACUUAUAGCAGUACAGCUUGGGGAUGGUUUGUCAAAGAACCCACCUCUGGCUCCAGAGAAAGUCACAGAGUAGCAGCAUAAUGUUCCCAGGGAUGGCCUAUUAAAGCCACAUGUCAUAACCCAUGGAGUGGGGUGUAGAGAAACAGUGGUGUGGUCUCGCUAAUGAGGGGUCAAGGCCCAGAUAUAAGACCCACAGUAAGGUGCAAAGUAGCAGCACUGUGGGAAAAGCAAUAAUAUGUUAAAGCUGAGGCUUAGAACUCAGGGAUGGGAUGUAGAGCACUAGGAACUCAGCCUAGGUAAGGACCAAUCAAAGCCACAACUAGGUAUACAAGGUGAUGUAGAAAGCAAGAGCAGCAUGGCCCCAGUUAUGGCAGGACAAAGCAUAUAGGAUCUGAGGGCAGGGCACAGAGCAAAAGCUCUGGUCCCAAAGAUGGUAAGGUUUUGUAGCAUUCCAACCAGAGAAAUAAGGUGAUAAAAACAGAGGCCCCAAGGGUCAGGUCUCACCAGAGCAACAGCUCCAGCCUCGAGAGAGACAAAAGCAGGGUCUCUAGGCAGCUCUGUCAUCUGGAAUCAGUGUUGGUGAAAAGUGUGGAAGUCCUAAGCAGCAAAAGCUGAAAACAUUUAUGGUAGUCAGGCUUGCUGAGGUUUUCCUGCUCUCCUGCUGCCUGUGUGGUAAAAUUUUCUGAGGGAUCCCUGCUGGUGCCAAGUUCCUCUGAACUGGAGGAUGGAGUGAGGUAAGUAAAAUUUCCCUAUGCUUUCUACAUGGCCAUCCUCAGUUGCACUCUGCAGGGUUUCUUCUGCUGCUUCAUUGUAGUCCAGUGUUCUCUCAAGAUAGUUUUCAUUGGUUUAUAGUCAUGCAUUUAUUGGUUUUUGUUUGUUUUUGUUGGGGAUACAAGAGUGCAGACCUCCUAACCCUCCAUCUCACUGAUGUCACCUUAUUUCUAAUUAUGGGUCAAAGAGACUGCAGAUACAAGAGACUCUUACUUGCCACUGUUGUUCCUCAAGUCUCACCUCUUACAAAAUGUUUGACUUCCACGUGCAAGGACAUUGACUUAGAUGGGUGAUAGCAUUGACAAAACAGUAUUAAACUUACUGUAUAAUCAUUAAGUAUUCUACACUUUGCCCUUUCAUCUGCUUUCUACAGGUGCUGGCUCUUCAUGGAAUGUGUUUACUUGAGGUGUGGGAGUUAUAUUUUAACUUCCUGAUUGAGUUUUCCUUGGAUAUAAGCUUGAGAAAUGGCAAAAGGAUACAGUAAUUUUUGCACAUGAACAAGAUGUCUCUGAAAUGUCUCUCAUUUUUGCUGCUACAGCUGACUUGCUACUUUAGCUCUGGGAGGUGUGGAAAGGUGCUGGUGUGGCCAGUGGAACACAGUCACUGGAUUAACAUCAACACAAUUCUGGAUGAACUUGCCACCAGGGAUCACGAAGUAACUGUUCUGGCAUCUCCAGCUUCCAUUCUUAUUGAUCCCAACAAACCAUCUGUUACUAAAUUUGAGACUUUUCCUUCAUCUUUAACUAAAGAUGAUUAUAAAAAAUUUAUCAAUCGUUAUGUCAAGACAAGCAUGUAUGCAGCAAAAGUUUCAUUUUGGACAUAUUUUUCAACAUGGAAAAAUUUAUUUAAGGAAUAUACUGAUAUUACUCUGAAGCUCUGUCAAGAUGCUGUUUCCAACAAAAGACUUAUGGCAAAACUACAAGAAUCAAGGUUUGAUGUUGUUCUUGCAGAUGCCAUUGAACUCUGUGGUGAGCUGCUUGCUGAGAUACUCAACAUACCUCUGGUGUACAGUCUCCACUUCUCUCCUGGUUAUUUAGUUGAAAAGCACAGUGUAAAGCUUCCAUUCCCACCAUCCUAUGUACCUGUUGUUAUGUCAGAACUUAGUGAUCACAUGACAUUCACAGAGAGGGUAAAAAACAUAAUAUUUAUACUUUAUUUUGACUUUUGGUUCCAGACAUUUAAUGAGAAGUGGAAUCAAUUUUACAGUGAAGCACUAGGAAGACCCACUACAUUAUUUGAAGCAAUGGGGAAAGCUGACAUGUGGCUCAUUCAAACUUGCUGGGAUUUUGAAUUUCCUCCCCGACUGCUACCAAAUUUUGAAUUUGUUGGAGGCCUUCACUGCAAACCUGCCAAACCCCUACCUAAGGAAAUGGAAGAGUUUGUCCAGAGCUCUGGAGAAAAUGGCAUUGUGGUAUUUUCUUUGGGGUCAAUAGUCAUUAACCUGACAGAAGAAAGAACCAAUACAAUUGCAUCAGCCCUUACCCAGAUUCCACAAAAGGUAGAUAAAAAUAACUUAAUAGUAGACAAUGAUUUAAUGAGUAUGUUAAUCUCUAUAAAAGGUCUGUUUACAGAAAUUUUCUGCAAGAAGUACAAAGUAUUAUGAUAGCUCCAAAGUAUCUCAGAUAUAUUUAAAAACCAAAAUUAACCUGGCAGGUCUUAUAACCAUACAGAGAGUGUGUGGUCCACAAUAGUUCUGGAUUAACAUUGUAAUCAAAAAGAAAUUUAUUUAGGAGAUGCAGUGUGAAUUUUGGUAUUAUAAUGAGAUUGUGGACAGGAAAAGAAAUCACUAAAUUCUACCUUGUCAUUUGCUCCUUUUCCUUGAAGGACUCCUAAGGACGUGGUACACAUAGAGAUGUUCUCAGGAGCUAAAUUUUAACAGUAGGUGAACUUGUACAGUAAUGUUAAGCAAUACUGAUGAAAGUCUGGAAUACGACAUGCAGUUCAUACUUUCUAGGUAAUCCUGCCACAUUUUACUUCUCCUAAAUUUUAGAAGAGACCCAUUCAGUGUGGUUUCCAGGCUGCUGUUCAGAGAAAGGAUGGCCAGGGCUCACUGAGCUGCCUCUAGGUACCCCUGCAGCCGCAGUGAUUUAAAGAAACAGAAACAUCAGCCUGCCCUGGUUGACUGGGUCCUGCCAAAGUCUGAAGCAGGAAGAUAAAAGAAAAGAUGAAGAUGGGGUCUUGCCCUUAGUGUGAACCCUGUGCACUGUAAAGUCUGGCCCUUAAUGAACUCUGCUUCUAACCUAUCAGAGUACCCCUCCUCAUUGAGGAAGAAGGAACAAUAAAAAGAAGAGGAGCAUGGAAAUGGUUCAGCUGCCUCCUUCUCCGUAAAAUAUGGCAGAAACUUAUUUUCUAAUAUGCAAAAUACACCUGGGGUCUUUGGACAUUUACAAACUACUUUUUAGCUUACAAUCUGGUAUUGUUAUUAUUCUCCUAACCACCUAUGCUAUUUUAUUUAUUUAUUUAUUUUUGGCUAGAAACCUAAAAUUACUUCAUAGCAAAUAAAAGUUAAACACUUGUAAAUUACAAUCUGGUUUAUGCAAAUUAUUUAGGAAUUCCGAAGUUAGUAACUCAUUUUGGUACUGUGCAUAGAAACCACAUUAAUCAAUGCUGUCAAUGCUUUGUGCUUCAUGGUUGAAGUGUUUAGGGCCAGUUAAAUAAAUAUUAGCAUCACUAUUUUGAAACUUUUCAACAGCACUAUCGACACUUAUAAGUUAUCAACAGGCUCUUCUUUUCUAAAUUUAAACAAUUUCCAUGCCCAAUAAUAGUGGUAAUACUCUGGAUUCAUGUCAAAAAUUACCAAUUGUCAUUUUUCUUGGAAAUAGUGCCUCACAAUUUGUAGUCUAAGAAGUUAUACUCUCUAGGCAGCAUUAAUUAACUUAUUAUUAAUAAAUUAUAAAUAAGCAGAAA